GAAUCCUCUUCAACUUAGCCGACGUCAAGCUUCGAUAUUAGCUUCGACAUAUCAAACCGACCACGAAAAAAAGCAUUCCACUCUAAAACACACCUCUCAUUUCAUGCACCGUCGUAGAAUUGGCGGACGACAACCGAUGAGAUGCUGGCUCCCGCAACGACAGCGACGCGCGUCGGCGCCCUAGGCACCCGCGGCCUCAAGCUGCAGGUCGCAUUCGCGAGAGGGGCAAAUGGAUGUCCGUACUCCUCGCUGGCCUCGUCCCUAGCGCAGCGCCAACAACAAUGCGCCGCGAAGCCGUUCCCCUCGACCCCCGUAAAGACGCAAUCAAUUGCCAGAAGACCUACACCAGCGGGCGCGCGCAUGCAAUGCCAAUUCGCCGCACCCCGCCGGCACGCCUCGACCACGACGGCCACCUCAGCCGGGGCCCCAGAACCGCCGUCGUCGACGCCGCCGCCGCCGCUCGACUGGAACACGUUCUUCCGGCUGCGCAAGACACGGCGGCGGUUCCAGCUCGUCAGCGGGCUGUUUACCAUGGCCGUUGGGGGUUCCGCGGGCGCGCUGCUGCUCGUGAACAUGGACAUGGACUGGCUGUUGACCAAAGUGCCCAUGGACCCGUUCUUCGCGCUCGGCAUCAUGACGCUGAGUUUCGCGGGUUUGGGAUGGCUGGCCGGCCCGAGCUUGGGGUCUGCUUUGUUCUACACGUUCAAGCGCGGGGUCAAGAAGCCGAUGGCGGUUAAGGAGUCGGAGUUCUUCGCGCGUAUUAAGAAGAAUCGUGUGGAUCCUAGUAAUAGCUCUUUGAGCGGGAAUGCUGUUCCCGAUUUCUACGGUGAAAAGAUUUCUAGUGUGGCGGGUUACAGACAAUGGCUGAAGGACCAAAGGGCAUUCAACAAGAAGCGCACGAGCUUCGUCUGAAGGCUAGAGGUUGAAGCUAUUUCCGGAGAUAGGCUAGGUAGGAUGGAGAAAAAUGUAAGGAAGGGAACGUGCAACUCAGAUACCUUCGCGCUUUUACCGGUUCGUUGGCUUGUUGUUGUCGUCGAGAGGGUACAUUUCACCGUAAAAAGUAU